CACGUUGCGUCGGGAUUAGGCCGAGUGAAGACUUCGGAACGCGCGUAUACCGCAAGGUCAAGAAAAAGAAGUUAGCGGCAUCUGGUGAGUGCUUGUGAUUGUAGUGUGUGGUCGAGGGUCAAGCCUCCAGGGCGAAGCGCCUAGUGGAAACAAGGAACUAUAGAUCUACUUGUUCCGACAAACGACUUCCUAGGAGUUGGGUCCUAGAGUAGUGCAGAAAAAAUGGCGGAUGCGGACUUGGAUAUCGACAAUCUGAUACAGAGAUUGCUUGAAGUAUAUCAAACGCAGAAAGAACAGGUUCAGAAAAAGGCUAAACUUAAAGACAUUUUUACCUCAGACUUUGUCGUGCGAGGAUGUCGACCUGGGAAAUCGGUGGUAAUGACAGAGGCCGAAGUGAGAGGCCUCUGUCUGAAAUCGCGGGAGAUAUUCCUUCAGCAGCCGAUACUACUGGAGCUCGAAGCACCGCUUAAAAUAUGCGGCGAUAUUCACGGCCAGUACACAGACCUGCUGCGGCUAUUUGAGUACGGCGGAUUUCCUCCAGAGGCAAACUAUCUCUUUCUAGGUGACUACGUCGACAGAGGCAAACAGUCUCUGGAAACGAUAUGCCUGUUACUCGCCUACAAGAUCAAAUACCCAGAAAACUUCUUCUUGCUAAGAGGAAACCACGAAUGCGCCAGCAUAAACAGGAUAUACGGAUUUUACGACGAAUGUAAACGCAGAUAUAAUAUAAAACUGUGGAAAACCUUUACCGAUUGCUUCAACUGCUUACCCAUCGCCGCUAUUAUCGAUGAAAAGAUAUUCUGCUGCCACGGCGGACUCAGUCCUGAUCUCCAGGGAAUGGAGCAAAUCAGAAGAAUCAUGCGUCCAACCGAUGUUCCAGAUACAGGACUUUUAUGCGAUCUCCUUUGGUCUGACCCCGACAAAGAUGUUCAGGGAUGGGGCGAGAAUGACAGAGGCGUAUCUUUCACAUUCGGACCUGACGUAGUUUCCAAAUUCCUAAGUCGACACGAUAUGGAUCUCAUAUGCAGAGCUCACCAGGUCGUCGAAGAUGGUUACGAAUUUUUUGCUAAAAGGCAGCUCGUCACACUUUUCUCAGCUCCGAAUUACUGCGGGGAAUUCGACAACGCCGGCGGAAUGAUGAGCGUCGACGAAACUCUGAUGUGCAGUUUUCAGAUCCUGAAGCCUUCUGAAAAAAAAGCAAAAUACCAGUACAGUGGAAUGACUGCGCAAGGUGGCAGGCCAUCUACGCCGCAGAGGAAUCCAACAAAAAAGAAAUGACCACCUUUCGCUGAUCCCGCGUAGCAGCAAACACUUUCGUUCUAGACUGAAUGAUUUACGAUGCAAAUACUGUGAAUACUUACGUCACAUGAUAAAAUCGAUCCCUGUGAAUAUAGAACACUGCAACAGGCCUCCUAAACGUCUUAGACUCGAUUUGCAAAAAAAUUCAAAAGAAAACGAAGAAAAGUUAAACUCCACUGGGAGACCUGCCAUAAGUUCUCUUUUGAUCUUUAGCUAUUUUUCAGCUGGUAGAAUUUUCAUCGCCUUUCAAUGAAUAACGCGUUUUACUGAAAAUAUAUAACGCCGGAAAGGAGGCAAGGGUUCAGUGACACAUAUUGAAGGAAGUAACCUAGUCUCUACAAUUAUAAUUAAACAAAUCAGAUUAUAUUUAUUAAAUUAUUGUUAAUAAUUGAAUCAGUGGCAGUUAUAGACGAUAAUCACGACUCAUGAAUCACUGCGGUGAACGAUUUGAAGAAAAGUAUAUAAAUAGAUGGGAGGAGCUUUAACUUACAUUGAACGACGACGUCGGACGUUUUCAGUUAACUUUUCCGUGCAUUGAUCUCGCUUUGCUUUAGUUUAUAAAAUAACAUUACCUCUUUUAAAUCCAAAAUUAAUCAGCCAUACUGAGUCCUGAAGAUGCCAGAGACAUUUAACCUGCUUAAAUCCUAAAUCAUACCAACAAUGUGAGUAAAAGUUGACCGAAAUCCGUAGAAUAUUGGACUUGAUUUUAUUUUUCUAUAUGUUUCAGCUGUGGAACGUGUCACUACAGUAUGUACACUAACUAAAAACUCAUAAUUCAAAACGAAACGAAAUAAAAUGAAAAAAAAAAUAAACAGCAAACUUGAAUACCUAAAACGGGAAACGACAUCUUCCUUAUUACAUCUCAAUUACACUAUUAU